AUGAGUUCAACAAAUGGAACAGCAAAUCCAUUUGCACCCGAUACAACAGGCGCACAAGCAGGGCUUUAUAAAGGCAUCGGCGUUUCACUCGCUGUAGCAAGCGGCGUGUUCAUUGGAAGCAGUUUUGUAUUUAAAAAGAAAGGUCUGCUGCAGUCCAUUGAGAAAUCAGGAGGUGUUGCUGGUGAAGGAUACACUUACUUGAAAUCAGCAAUGUGGUGGUCUGGCAUGAUCCUCAUGAUUGUUGGCGAGCUCUGCAACUUUAUAGCGUACGCUUUUACCCAAGCCAUCUUGGUAACACCACUAGGCGCCCUCAGUGUGGUGAUAAGUGCGGUUCUUUCAUCCAUCUUUUUGAAAGAGCGCCUUAGUUUUCAGGGCAAAAUAGGCUGUCUUCAGUGUAUAUUAGGAGCCAUUGUAAUUGUCUUGCAUGCUCCCGAACAGAGUUCAGCAGAUACAACUAUUGAAACAUUUAAAAAACUCGUCUUAUCGGUUGGAUUCUUGGUGUACGGCGGUAUUGCAAUUGCCAUUUCCUUGAUUUUGGUCUUUUAUUGUGGCCCAAGAUGGGGCAAAAAGAACAUGCUGGUGUAUAUAUCUGUAUGCUCCUUAAUUGGGUCCAUCUCUGUGGUGUUUACGCAAGGCCUAGGCUCUGCCAUAGUUCAUUCCAUCACGCAAGAGAACCAGUUUACGAAUUGGUUCAUCUAUGUCGUCUUGGGUAUUGUGAUUGUUACGCUAGUGAUUGAAAUAGUCUAUCUGAAUAAGGCACUCAACCUGUUCAACACUGCCUUGGUCACGCCUACUUAUUAUGUGAUCUUCACUACCAUGACUAUUGUCAGCUCCAUUGUGCUCUACCGAGGCUUUGAUGCAUCUCCUGUUGAUGUGGCCACUUGCGUACUUGGCUUCCUCAGCAUUUGCUCCGGCGUGGCACUUUUACACAACUCCAAAAGCCAGCCGUCUGCCUUGGUAGACGAGGCUGAAAAGCUGCAGGACGACGAUGAAAAGAUAUUGCUAGAAGAUCGCCAUCUUCAACACGAACAACAACCCGAACAGCAACAGCCCGUCGUUCGUAGACGCAGCAUGUUCCAAAUGUUUGAAAACAAGAGCGACGCAGAUCUAAACAAACAGGCAGAUCAUCAUGGAGCACACAAUCCAAGUGCUGCUGAUCUAUUCCCUGCCCCAUUUUCAGGUAUCAGUCGCUAUGCCAGCACGACAAAACGCAGCCAGUCUAUCAUCACAAAGCAUCGAUUACAAUCAGCUACCGACAACAGCAUACCACCGCAUAGCUCUAUUGAGCAAUCCAAAUCAAGACCUCAUUCCAACACCAUCUCCAUUGGAAACACUGUGGUCGGUGAGGAGGGAUACAAUCGAGAGAUGCGAUGGCGAGAUCAUCCAACACACGAUAUUACUACACAGCCACACGAGAAUAGCAGCAGCCCACCUACCACGCAAGAGGCGUCCAUCGUGGACACAGUGGGCGCACAACCAUCUACUACAAACAAUACGUUCGCAUCUGUAUUCAAGCGUAAGCACACUGCAUCUUUUUCAUCGCCAACAACAACACAUCGAGCACAAAACGAACUGGAUCCUUUGAGCAGCUAUCGCAUGCAAAUCCAUGGUGGAGAAUCAGAGGAUAGAAGAGGAUUAGUUGACGCCAGUUGGGAUGAUAAAUCGCCAUGA